AUGUCCCCGGAGGAAGCCGAGCAGUUGGGCUUGAAGCCCUUUGGCGACGGCGGCGCAGAGAAUGAAACCAGCCCGCGUCGCCCCAAGCUCUACACCCAUGGGCCCUGCUGUUCCCCGGCCGCGGCGCAGUUCGUCGUGCCCCCCGGCAGCGGAAGCGGCGGGAGGCCGUGUGCGGGCUUUCAGGAUGCCGAUGAGCCGGAGCAGCAGCGCAUGGCAGAGGAGGCCUUAGAGAAGAUGCGGCUGAAUGGCUUUGUGGUCCUCGAAAGCCUCCUGCCCGCUGAGUGGAUUCGGAAGCUUGAAGCAGAGGCCCAAGCGUUUUUGGACCUUCCGCAAGAAGGUCUCAUCCCGCAGCCUUUGCGAGCAGGGCGAACGGAGGGGCACUUGGCCUUCACAGCACCCUGGGCCAGCGACUGGUUAUUGAAGAAUGAACUCAUUUUGGAGGUUGUGGCUGGCUACAUGACAAAUAUGCUGGCGGCGGGACGCACGCAGGAGGAGCAGCAGUGGGGUUUGGUCCAGUGGCUGACUUCUGGAGCGAGCCUGGACUGGUUCUCGCUGCCCGAAUGGGGUCCGAAAGCUGGGCCCUUGCUGGAGGCGCCGCCCGCGGGUUGCAGCGACGUGGGCGCCGCGGCGGAUGAAGGGCCCUUCUUCGGGCGCAUCUCCUUGAUCCGCACGCCGCCAGGUUCUGAGCCGCAGAAGCACCACCGGGACAUCAACUUCCCAGGGCCCGCGGCACAGGUCACCGCCCAGGUGGCACUCACGCAGUUGGAGGCCAACAAUGGCCCGUUAGCCUAUGUGCCGGGCUCCCAUCGCAUGCUGAUGCCUGGCUUUGAGGUGGUGGCGAAUCCUCCCCUCGGUUCGGUGGUGCUUUAUGACUCCUUCUGCGAGCAUCGGGGCAUUGAGCACCAUGGGAGGAAAGACAGGUACGCCAUGUACUACGAGUUCGAGACGCGCGGCGUCUUCAGCGGCUACACGGCGACCCACUUCGGCCCCAGCUCGGGCGAGCACAUGAAGGCGCGCGCAAACGUCACGCGUCACGGCCGUGCCGGUGAGUUUGGUUUCGCCGGGGUCGGUGGAGUCGGGUCGGGUUGGGUCGUGUCCAACAUGAAGGGACACGUUAGACACGGGGACAGAGGUGUUCGUAGGACUCAGUGA